AUGGCGGUGCUUCUCAUACAGCUGCCGCCCGAGAUAGUCCACAACAUUCUCAGUUUUGUGGACCCCGACACUCUGCCCGUGCUGCAGAAGACAUGUCGCUAUUUCUAUACGUUUGUGAAGGGUAACAGUGCCCUGUGCCGCGAAAUCUACUGCCACACUCUGGACGAGCCUCCCUCUUAUGACCUUGACUGGGAACGGGAGCUCCAGGACGUCUUGCGCCUUCGCCGUAUCUGCGCGCGCAAGGGCACCGAGAAGGUGAGCCCAAGUGUCUGUCAGGCCGUUGUGGCCUGUGUCCAACUCCCUUUCGUCUUCAAUACUGCUACACGUCUGCUCAAGAACGCGUCUCGCGGAGGCACCCGGCAGGCUCGGUCGGUGACGUACCCGCAGUCGCGCAAUGCCUCGCUUCUUACGGAGCUCUUCGAGAGCGACGAGAACCGCGAGGCCUUCCUCUCGCGCUCGUUCCUGUUUGAGCGCGCCCGUGGCCGGACCAACGGCAUCCAGAACCCGCCGCAGGAAGACCACCAGCAGAGCGCCAAGCUCCACAGCCUCUUCGGCAUGCCGCUGUUGAAGCUCGGCCGCACGCGGUCCUCGAGGAUGUACCCCUUUGCGUGCUCCAAGGUUUACGAUCUGCGCGAGUACACCGAGAACACUCGGUGGGGCCCCUUUAUGAACGACGGCAGCGACCGCAUCGACUGGGAGAAAGUCGAGGCCAUCUUGCUUGUGCUUCGGAACAACAUGAAGAACAAAGGCCUCGAUACCUUUCCCAUCUUUUCCAACUUCUGGAACACGGCGUUUGGCGGCUCCUGGCCCCGUAGCUAUAUCCCCUGGCCAGAGGAGCAAGAGCGCUCCGAGCUCGAGCUGCAGGAUCUCUACAACGUGUCGGGCACGUGGCUGCGAGUGGUGUGCUUCCUGGACUACAACGACUUCUUCAGCUACAACUUCCCCAUCGGGGAUCAUCUGCCAGACAACAUCCCGCGACCGGCUUUAAAUACCGGAGAAGCCACCCGGCUCAUCCUCAUGAAGAUCCACGUGACCAAGGUUGAAGCGCCCGGAGAGUCGGACGGGCAGGAUCACCCUGUCGUGCAUUUUGAGGGCUUCUCGCGGUCGUUGGACGGCUCGUGGGACGAGAAUGCCAAUUCGGAUCUGCGAGGCACCGCCCGCAUGACGCCCGAGGGCGAGGUUCGCUGGACGACGUAUUCAAUCUUUAGCGGCAUCGAGCGAUGGAAGAGCGAAGGCAUCCAGCUCGGCGGUAUCCAGUCUGCCAGAGGCGUCGUGGGAAACUGGUUUGACAAGGAUCUGGACCCCCACGGGCCGUGUGGACCGACGGCGUUUUGGAAGAUAUCCGACCUCGAACCAAACAGCGACGACCAGCAGGUCCUUCUGCAUGACUUCCUCCCUAUUGGUGAGCCGCUACUCUCUAGGCGUUUCUUCUAAGCGUAGUGUUUUCCGGAAGCAUACUGACAAUCCGCAGUAGAUGGCUACGAGGAGGAGCUUGACGAAGAGGAAUACCUAGACGGCCUUAGUGAUAUCCUGCUGCCCGUAGAUCUUGAGAUCAACCAGUUCUUCGGCGGUGACGAUGAUUGAUCGGGCGGCGAUAAGGGGACGGGCGUGGUUCGCGUCCGAACUUCUUGGCGUGAACUUUCACUCAUUAUCUCUUGCUUAUUCGCUUCUUCUCUCCUUGCCUUGACUGGAACGGACGCUCAGUUAUAUGUUGAUCAUACUACCUAGCCUUUUGUUCCUUUUGAAAGCGAAAGAUUGCACCAGGACACCUAAAAGAGACGCAAUUAAUGAACAGCAACGGGAAAAGGAAUACAAAAUAUCGGCAUGCGCUUUAGUGGUUUUGAUAUGUAUACCUAGGUUAUAUACAUAUCCAAUUCUUCAGCAGGUCCAUCCCGUACCUUAACAAAGCCGAGCCCCAG